UUGAACUGUGAUAUGAGCUUGGUAUCUUUUCAUGGAAAGUUGUACUUCUUCAGCUCUAAUAAAAAGGACUGGUCAAGCAGUCGUGCUUUCUGUGUUUCAAAAGGAGCUGAUCUGGUCACCAUAACCAGCCUAACAGAACAGCUGUUUCUGGCCUCUAAAAUUAAAGAUACAUACUGGAUUGGUCUCAAUGAUCUGGACACUGAGGGACUUUGGGUUUGGGUGAAUAACCAAACUCUCAAUGAAACUGGAGUACUGUUUUGGCACGGGAGAGAUUCUGAGAUAAGUGAACCUGAUAACUGGAAAGAAGAGGAUCUCACUGGAGAAAACUGUGCACUUGUGAACAACAAUUUCAACUAUUUAAACAAUUGGUUUGAUAGUUCUUGCAAUUCUAAGAGGAAGUUUAUCUGUGAAAAGAAAUAAUUUACCUCCAU